CCGCCAGAAACCACGCCGGCGUGGCUCGGGUGGCUCGGCUGGACUGGGCAGCCGCAACCUCGAUGGCGCGGCUCGUGCGCGCCGCUCUCAUGCGCGGCGGCACCUCCAAAGGCGUCGUCUUCCGAGCUGCCGACCUUCCUCCGGCUGGUGCCGCUCGCGACGCGGUCAUCGUUGCCGCGCUUGGCCCCGACUCGACGGGUCUCGCCAUCGACGGCGUCGGCGGCGGCGUCACAAGCACGCUCAAAGCGGCCGUCGUGGCGCCGCCGUCAAAGCCCGGCUUUGCCGCCGACUACCACUUUGCUCAGGUCUCACGUGGCGGCGGCAUCGACUGGCGCUCCAGCUGCGCCAACUUCGCGUCGGCGGCUGCACUCGUCGCUGCGGACGACGGCAUGGCGCUGCGCGAGGCGGACGGCUCGGCGGUCGUCCGCCUCUGGGCAAGCGGCGCAGGAGAGGCUUUGUCGGUGACGCUCCCUGCGACCGACGCGCCGCCCGUCGCGAUCGCGGGCGUGCGCGGCGAGGCGCCGCCGCUGCGGGUCGAGUUUGAGCUUGGCGGGCACGCGCUGCUGCCGACAGGGCGGCCGGAGGAGGAGGGGCUGAGGCUGGGAGACCGACCGCUCCGUGCGACGAUCGUCGACGUGGCCGGGAACCCGCAGGUGCUUGUGCGCGCCGUGGAGGGCGGGCUGAGAGGGGACGAGGCGGCGGAGGAGGCGACCGCCGCUCUCGUGUGGGAAGCGGUGGAUGCGCUGCUCGACGAGGCGGCGGGGCGGGUGGGCCUAAAAGCGCGGCCGUCGGGGAUGCGGCUGCUCUGGCUGAGCGCUCGCCGCGACCACUGCUUGGCGGGGGGCGGGGCCGUCGCUGCCGCAGAGUGCGACCUCCUCUCCCGCGUCUCGGCAGGCAGCCGCGUCCACCACGCACACACGGGCACCGGCGCACUCGCGCUCGCAUGCGCAGCAGCCGUCCCGGGCACCGUCGCACACGAGCUUGUUCGCGGCGGCGGCGGCGGAGGUUGCGGCGGCGGCGGCGAGGCGGGCGCGGAGCUUCGGAUUGCGCACCCCCAAGGCGUGAUGCGCGUGCAUGCGAGCGUGGGGCGCGACGCGGACGGGCGGCAUGUGGCGCACAGCGCAGGGAUGGUGAGGACAGCGCGUUAUUUGAUGGUGGGCGAGGUCGUGGUGUAGUGCUUGGGAGCCCUGGUGCGCGCCCCCCGCCCCCCCCCGGGCGUUGCGUUGCUAUCGUGUAUUGUCGGGCAGUAAAUAAAUAAAUAAAUAAAACGGUCAAA